AUGGGCAGGGUUGGACAGUUUGAGCCCAAGCGGCAGCCUACAGUCAGUCUUGUUCCUGCAAGUUCCUUCUCCACCGGAGCUACGCCCGCCGGCCAGGAUGCUGCCCCUGGCCGCGCUGCGCCGGGCGAGACACCCUACGUUCCGGCCGGCAUGCCUGGUAUUCCCUCCAACUCGGGACCUUCCGGUUCUGGGCCGAAGGUCUCGCUACAGCAGGAGCGAGCAAAGCAAGAGGCGUUUCUGCACCACCAGGAGGCUCAGCUACACCGAGAGGAGGCCCAGCGGCAACAGCAGCAGGAAGCGCAGCGUCAGCAAGAAGAAGCCGAGAGGAAUCGACGAGAAAGAUACGAGGAGCAACAGCGGAAUCCGGGACACUCGGACCGGCCGAAGGAGCAAAAGGAUGCAGAACCUCAGCAACCUCCGACCGACUGGGUUCGGUACAAAACCCCAGAUGGGCAAGUGUACUACCACAACGAAAGAACGAAUCACACGGCCUGGUCGCUGCCGCCAGGGGCCACCAGCCGAGAACCGGUGGCAGCCGGCCAGCAAGGCUCGCAGCAAGCGAAGGAGGACGAGCCGUGGGCUGACCUGCGGAAGCAGCAGGAGGAGGAGACACGCAAGCAGCAGCAGGAGUGGCAACAGUGGUACCAGCAGUACACGCAGUGGUACUCCCAGCAGGGAGCUGCAGGAGCUGCCGGCGCCGGAGCCGCAGGUGCAGAGUCCGGAAAACAGAGCAAGUCAGGUGGUCAAAAGCAACAGAAGGGAUCGCAGAGCAGCGAACAAGCCGGCAGCUACGUGCCGCCACGCGGACCAGCACCUCCCAAGCUUGAUGCUGGGUUCGAGGACCAUGCCGUGUACCAGAUCAAGAGCUCCGUUCUCAAGGAGAUGGAGUCAAUGGUCAACCAGGGCUUGGAGGUUGCGAAGAGGAAGAAGGCCUUGAGGUGCCUUCAAUUGCGGUGGCAUCCUGAUAAGAACCCUGACAAGCUGGAGGUUGCCAACAGCAUCUUCCAGUUCAUCGAAGAGACCAAGCCAUGGUUUCUCCAUGAUCCGAAUGCGCAGUAG